GGUUGGACCAGUUAUGUCAAAGGGUUGUGCCAUUUACCAUGGAGCGCAGAAUUGCGCAUCGCUGUAAAAUCUGACGCUGCAGUGGCUGCUUCCCCGCUGUAACUCCGAGCAAUGAAGCGAAUGGAUCCUCCGAACCUGCAGGUGCCAGUGUAUCUCCGCAAAGUUGCCGGGAGUCGCAUCGCUACUUGCCUGUGACAGUGCGGCUUUGUACCCGGAAGCGCGGCGGCUACAGGCACAUUGGCGCAGAUUUGCACAGACAACCAAUGUCAAGAGAAGACAAGGAAGCGCAGGAGGAUGAACUGCUAGCACUCGCUAGUAUAUACUCUGAAGAUGAAUUCAAGAGAUCGGAGACUGCACCAGGAGGGGAAAUAUGUGUCUGUCUAGAUCUUCCUCCAAACUUUAGCGUAGCCAUAAAAGGUGACUGUGCAUCUAAUGAAUACAUGGGAAGCUUUGAGGAUAUUGUCUCUUUCCUACCUCCUAUCAUACUGGACUUUGAACUGCCUCCAGGAUACCCAUCCACUGACCCUCCAGCCUUCAAACUUAGCUGCAAGUGGCUUUCUCCAAGUCAGCUUGCCCUGCUGUGUCAGCGCUUGGAUGACCUAUGGGUGGAAUACGCAGGAGAAGUUGUUUUGUUUGCUUGGAUGCAGUUUCUCAAGGAGGGGACUCUGGAGUACUUAAAGAUUAACUCACCAUAUGAAAUACAACUUUGUGAGUUUGGACCAAAGUGCAUAAAGAAUAACUUGGGGAUAUCUGAUUCCUGUAGUGCCACAGGCCCAGCAGAAGCAGUGAUUUGGGACACACGUGCUAUCCAGGAUGUGGAAUCUGUCACUACCCUUAUUGACUGCAUCUUGGAGUUUAAUGAGGCUCAGCAGAAGAAGUGCUUUGAUAGCAAAUCAUAUAUGUGCGACAUUUGCUUCUCAGAAAAGGUGGGCAGCGAGUGCACUCACUUUAAGAAGUGUGAGCAUAUCUACUGCAACGCCUGCCUUAAGGAUUAUUAUACAGUUCAGAUACAGGAUGGGCAGGUCCAGGCUCUUAACUGUCCUGAGCCAAAGUGCUCUUCUGUUGCUACACCUGCACAGGUUAAGUUGCUGGUUGGGGAAGAAUUGUUCAGCCGCUAUGACCGUCUUCUACUGCAGUCCAGCCUGGAUCUGAUGGCAGAUGUGGUGUACUGCCCACGUCCAAACUGCCGAACUCCAGUCAUGCUGGAGCCUGGGGGCGAAAUGGGUAUUUGUUCCAGCUGCAAGUACGCUUUCUGUACCCUCUGCAAAUUGGCCUACCAUGCAGUCGCAUAUUGUAAUAUAACAUCAGAAAAGCUUCUGUUAGUGCGCGAUGAAUACCUGGAGGCAGAUGCGGCUGGAAAGAAGUUACUGGAAAGGCGCUAUGGCAAGAAUGUGAUAGUUAAAGCAGUGGAGAUGAGAUCUUUUGAAUGGCUGGAGAAGAAUUCCAAGCGUUGCCCAAGCUGCAGAGCCAAUGUAGAGAAAAUAGAUGGCUGCAACAGGAUGUUUUGUACAAGAUGUAACAAAAACUUUUGUUGGCUUUACUUGGCUGUAUUAUCCAACGGAGACCCAUAUGAUCAUUUCAAUAGUUCUUCAUCAGGCUGCUUCAAUCUAUUGUUUGAGCCACAAAAGGCAUGAAGCCUAACCAUCAGGGCAUAAGAAAUCUUGGAAAAGACGCACUGUAAUGGCACUGUUAUUGUCUCCUUUAUUUUAAAAUGGGGUUUUCCUUAGUGUUGGCUCAUUGUUUAUGAUCGCUACUUUUAAAUAUAUUCUCUGAGGUUUUUUUUCCCAUAGUAUACGCUUGUUUACAUCUGCCGAAUCACUUGCCUUGUGAGGAGUGAUGAAUAGUCUAUGCUGAGGGCGAGGACAGACAAAGCGUAGAUCCACUUCUCUCAGGCCUGCAUUUUUCUGCCAGGCUGAGAGAAGUGGUUCCGUUUUCUUGCACUCCUCUGUGUGCCUGCACUAAAGGCUAUGGCAACUGUGUGUGUGUGUGUGUGUGUGUGUGCGCGCACACAGAGCGGAUUAGAGGUUGGCCUGGAAAACGCAAAAGUGAACAUUUUUCAAGCCAACCUCCAAUCCGCUCCACUCUGUGCCCUUAUACCCUUCCAUACUUCCAUAUCAUAGGAAUUUAUAUGCUCCAUUCACCAAAAAAAA